UGCGUCAUGGGGCGGGGCCAGAAGCGUCUGGUAUCUUAGCAACACUUACUGCUUUUCCGUUACUUAGUCUCAAGAGCAGUUACACUUGCCACCUCUGGGACUGUCCAUGGUAGACAUGGUGGACAAGCUGUACCACGCAAGAAGCCUCUUUCCAUCAGAGGGCGACAGCUCGGCCCUGGACACAGACUUGUUUGAUCAGGACAUCUGUGAUGUUCCAGAUCCUGGGGUGCUCUCAGAAAAGAAUGAAUUGGCUCCGGUGGAGGCACCACAGGUCCUGCAGCUCUUUAGAAGUAGCCAGAGGUGGCAGAAAAUGACACUGCGUUCCCGAGCCCGACAGCUGUGGCUAAACCUACGUGCAUACCUCCAUGAUGUUGUGGAAAAGGAGAAAAGAGCGGAGCUGCGGGUCACUCGAAUGACACACGGGCUGGAGCCACUGCGUCGCCUGGAGGUGGCAGCUGGGCUGUGCUCAGUAGCGCCCGACCCAGCGGGGGGUCGCUUCGUGGUUCUCGAUGGUGCGGGGUACCUGCACCAGCACACCAAGGACGGCUGGGCGCAGGCAAAGCUGGAGGCCCCCGUGGCGCUGCACGGGCUGGUGACCGUGCCUGGCCCUCUGGGGAAAGUGGGCCGCUUUGUAGGCUGGGGCCCAACUGGACUGGCCAUACUAGGGAAAGACUUCCACCAGCUCUGGCUGAGCCAGCCACAGGUGAACAGGACACCGGGCCACGAGCCUUUUUGUUGCUUGCCAGUGCCCAGCCUGGGACUGCUGGUGGUGGCCCAGGUGGGAGGAAGCCUGGAGCUCUGGAAGUUCCGUUCAGGUGGUCGCCGCCUGGUGUCCUGUGGCUCACCUUUGCGGCCACCAUCAGGCUUGUCUGGCUCUCUCAAGCGACUGGCACUGGGGCCGGGAACUGACCACCGCACCCGGCAUUGCUUUGCUGCCUAUGGCUCGGCGGUGCUCACUUUUGAUCUGGAGUCCUGGACUCUCAUAAAUGUGUGCCAGGAUCUGCAUAAAACAAUCAUCUCAGACCUGGAGUACUGUGAGGAGGUACAAGCCAUGGUGACAGCUUCCCGCGACAGCACCGUGAAGGUCUGGGAGGCUGGUUGGCAGAUCCGGAUGGUGUUUGUGGGCCACACAGGCCCAGUGACAGCCAUGGCAGUGCUCCGGAACAGCUCCUUGGUAGUGUCCGCCUCACAGGAUGGGACACUUCGCACGUGGGACCUGAGGGCUGCAGCUCAGGUGGGAGAGGUAAAGCUGGGUUGCUGGAAUCAAGACAUAUUCUCUGAGAGAGUGCACCAUUUGCUGGCUCCUGCAGGGCCUGGCUGGCCAGUGCUUGCUCUCUGCUCAAAGUCGGUGGAGCUGUGGCGUGUGUGUGACCUCUAUUCACCAUUAGCACAGCUCUCGGCGCCGGUGACCCAUGUGCAGGUGGCACCAGUGCUCCCUGCACCAGCUGAGCCGCCUCUGCCCUCUCGCCUUGUGUGCGCCUGUGCGGAUGGGUCUGUCUAUCUGGUGUCAGCUGCUACAGGACAAACCGUGAGCCUCCUGCUGCUGGGACCGGAGGACUGUGCAAUUGGGGUGGUUUACUGUUUGUCUCGAGAAGCGCUGUGGGUGCUGACACGGGCAGGGCACCUGGUGCGUGCCAAUGCGGCGCGGUGCCCGAUGGUCGUACUACACCGCCUGCGUCCACCUCCACCCCCUGCCCCGCAGCCCUGCUGCCUGCACCUCUACAGCCACCUCACAGAUGCUCGCAGUGCAUUUGCUUGCUGGGAGAUUGUGCACCAGAAUAAGGGUGACAUGCUACGCAGCGCCGUUGCCUGGGCCUGGAAAAAUAAGAACAGAUUCUUACCCAUGAUGGGGCACUCUGAUGGCACACUGUCUGUGAUGGAUUGGCGCACCUCGGAGACCAUCUUUAGUACAGAGGCACACAGCCCAGGGCCAGUGACUGCUAUUGCGUCCACCUGGAACAGCAUUGUGACUUCAGGUGGUGAUCUGACAGUAAAGAUGUGGCGUGUAUUCCCGUACGCUGAGGAGAGCCUGAGCCUGCUGCACACCUUCUCCUGUUGUCACCCAGUGGUAGCCCUCUGUGCUCUGGGCAAGCGCAUCACCGUAGGCUUUGAGGAUCCACAAAGUGCCACCUAUGGCUUGGUGCAGUUUGGCGUGGGUGACAAAAUGCGCUGGGACCACCGGCCACAGGAUGACCCUAUAGACCAUAUCACCGGCCUCUGCUGCUGCCCCACCCUCAAGCUGUAUGCCUGCUCUAGCCUGGACUGCACCAUCCGAAUCUGGACCUGGGAGAACCGCCUGCUGCGGCUCCUGCAGCUGGACGGUCCCCCUCAGGCCCUGGCCUUCUCCAGCAACAGUGGAGACCUGGUGCUUGCGCUAGGUUCCCGCCUCUGCUUGGUGUCCCACAAACUCUACCUACCGACAUCCUAUCUGGUCAAGAAUUUGUGUCAGAAGGCCCCCGUUGUGGUGAAUGACCCUCCACUGCCACUGGACAUCUGGGAUCCAAUGACAUCCACCCAUUUGAAGAAGCUUGCCAGUCUUCACGGAGCAGCCAGCCUCAGUGUGACGUUGCCCUUCAUCCAUCGCCGCACAGCAAUACUUCAGCAGCCAGUGUUGAAGGAGGACCUGAAGGAGAUCAUAGCCCGGGAUGAAGACCUUGAAGACCUGAGGCAAGGACGAGUAGUCCCGUCAACUCGGUUCCCACUCUCCUGGAAGGGACGCCAGGAAGCCUUUGACAGUUACUUACGCCUGAUCUAUGGUUCUGACAUGCUGGAUAUCAAAUCUGGAAGGGAGUACCUGCAGUGGAGCAUUGAGGACUCCAUCACAGAGAUCGAGUCCCAGGACAAGGGGAUCCAGCCCAGAGCUGCCACCAGUGGUGGGCAGGCUAGACUCUGUGCUGAUGAUCAGCCAAUGUCCUCACUGCCAGCCCUCCAAACCCCAGGAGCCCCGGGCAGGCGCUUCGCCCGCCCUCCCCGAGUCUCCUUGCCCAUUCCACCCACUCCCCGGAUGGUGCAUAGCCAGGCAUCCCAGCUUCUAGCACGUUCCUCCCUGAGCUGUGAGCUGGGCCUCAGUCUGGAUCUGCAGCUGCAGUGGGAUCAGUUUGGAGGAAAGAUCAUGGACCUGAACACAUCAUCCUACUACCUGCGGCAUAGGGUUCCGCUGUUGCUGCACAGAAGACCCAAAGAGCCUCUCUCAAAUCUAGGGGGCUUCUUUCCUGCCACUAUACAGCCCCACAGGAAACGUACUCAGCCCAUCAGUUUUCCCGGCUGUGUGCCCAACUCUGUGAUACUGCGGCAGAUGUGGUUGCAUGCAGAGGUCAGCUGCCUUGGCUCCCUAGCAGAACUCUCUACCCAGCGCAGACUCAAGCCACCUAGACGCCAGGAUGACCAGUGGCUAAAGUGCCGGAAGCACUCUGCUGGCAGGUGGCGAAAGAAACUUAUCCACUGGCUCCGUAGGUCACGGAAGAAAGAGGACAGAGAGGGUGAGGAGGGCGACGAAGAGCUGGAACUGGACUGGACCUCCGUUUCCCCAGCUUCGGAAGGGCAGCCAGAACCCUGGGAACCAGGCACUCAGAGCCCCACAGACUUGGCCACAAAACCUUACCAUGGAGCCGCCAAGACCAAGACCCACUCGGCUCACCACCACCACCACGAGGAGCGCUCACUCUUGGAAGAGCGCUAUGGGCAUUUGCCCAGGUUCCUGCAUUAUUUUGUUGUCCAGAACUGGUUCAAAAAGCUGUUCCCUAUCUUUACCCUGGAGGCCUAUCCAGAGAUGGGCACCAUAGAGGGCCUGGCUUCGAUGCUUGUGGACUUCCUGGUACAUUGUACCUGGGCAGAACGAGUGAACAUCCUAAAUGCCCUGCUGAGACUGUUUCCUGCUAUGAGCAGUGAACUCUGCACCCGGUUGCAGGCCAAACUCUUGUACUUGCUCAAUAUGGACCAGCCCCCUAGCCUCCAGGACCCGACCCAGAAGCAGUUUGUGAUGCUGGCCCUGCAGCUGCUCCUGGCUUGUAGCCUGGAGGUCCUCGAUGUAGUUUUGGAGAUUAUGUCCUACUACAUACACUCUUCAGAUGAAUAUCAGCAAGAACUCAAGAAUCUGCUGGAUGCGCUGGGCCUCCAGGACACACAUGGCUUCCUGUGCAAGGAGAUGAUGAGCUGGGCUGAGAACUUCAACCUUGACUCCAAGGCCAUGAUACGUACACAAUGCCAACAGAAGCUUGAGGAGAUUAUGCUUCAGGUGAAUAACUUGGAGCAAUCUGCAGCCAGUGUUUCUGUGGAGCCCCUCAGGGAGGGCUCCUCGCAAGCUUCCCUCAUUUCUGGGGCACCCUUGCCUGCCUUAAGCACCUCUUGGACACGCUCACGAGCAUCGGAAGUGUCCUUGCGUGUUCACGAGCUGGCAGUGUCACCUGUGCCUUCACCUUCGGAGCCUCUGUUACCUAUCGUAGAACUCCAGGCUGCAAGCACAAAGGCGCAUUCACGCAUCCGACCAACCAAAAGAGUGCUCGCUGAUGUACUGUCGAUCUUCCGUUCUAAGGACCCCUUGCAUGUUUCUGUGCCUACUGCAUUAAAAAGAGGGCUACUGCCACUGGAGGAAACAGAGUGGUCACGCUCUCAGAUGCUGGACAUGUUUUAUAUUGACAUGCUUAAUUUCUUCUGUGAGAAGAAACAAGCGCAGAGGCAGAGCUUGACUGAGGAGGAGGAGGAGGGGCAGGAGCAGGGACAGGGACGCUUACCCAGCUCACGCCUAGGCCAACUACGGCCCAACGUUGUGGUGCGGCCGCCCCAGGAUCGCUGGCUCUAUCCCAUUUUUCGGCUGCAGGAGACCAAACAACAAAGCUUCAGGAUGUUUCUCAGGGGUCACAGGCUGUACCGCCGGGGCCCAGCUCGAGAUGGCUCCCUCCGGUUGCUGAAGCUGCCACUGCCACGAGUGGAAUUGCAACCCUUUCCUCCAGGUUGGCCUGCACCCCCACGGGCGCUGCCCCCACUGCUCCUGCAGCCUACACUGCAACGCUACUUUCUGCCCCAAGAUACAAAACCAGACUCCUACCGUUGACCUGGGGGACAGAUAGGCUCCAUGGCCAAGGCCCAGCCCUACCACCUUGGCAAAUCACAAUAUCAUGUUUGGCCUGAAUUAAACCACACACAGGCGCGCGCGCGCACACACACAUAUUUGAUUUAUUGUGUGUAUAUACAUGUGUGCAUGCUUACAGAGGUCAAAAAAUUGAUGUCAAAUGUU